CUCUCUCUCUCUCUCUCUCUCUAAGCUCGAAGCUUGACAGCUCUGUCCCUCCGUUCUCCUCUCUGUAACCACACGUUAUGUUUGAAACUAGUAGCAGCAGCAGCAGUACUAGUCACAAGUAAAGCAAAAUGGGGUGUGCUUCUUCUGUAUAUGCUGUUCCUUGGAAGAAGAAGAAGCCGAGUAUCUCCGAAGUCGUUGUGUUCGUCCCUUCGAUGCGAAUUCCGGUCGAAUCCGAUCUUCGAAGGCCGCUUAAAGGCUUGAUUCCGAAGGAUCUCGUCGACCGGCUACAGUCCCUUCGUAGCCAGAUUGUGUUAGUGGCAGAGGACACUGAUGGAUCUGCUGUAACUGAAUUGCGGCGAGCUUUGGAAGAGUACUUGUCUGUUUUAAGUGGAAUUACUAAAAAGGAGUAUGGUGUUGAGGGGUUGGUAGAAUUCAAGUGGAAAAAUUUACAAGAUGGACGACAGGAAAUAAGUGUGGCAAACUCUUGGUUUGAAGUGUUAUCUGUUAUUCAUCUGAUGGCUAUGCUGACAUUGGCGGAGGCUGACUCUUUGAUGAUCCCCAAGGACCAUUCUGGUUCUGGAGUAAGGGUUCUUUCUUCAGAUUGCAAGAGGGAAGCAGUGGAUUUGUUGCUAAAGGCAUCAGGUUACUUGGAGUUCUGUGUCCGGGAUCUAAUAGUUCGCAUUCCGCCCGAUACUAAGAAAAGAUUGCCCAAGGAUAUGCAAGAGAAUGUGUUAGAGGCCAUUUCCAUUCAAGCUUUGGGUCAGGGGACAGAAAUCCAGCUUGGUUUAGCAGUUGAAUGCCAAAAGGCCACUUUGUCAGUUAAAAGGAGACUGGCAUGUGAACAACUGCGCUAUUUUAGCCAGGCUUAUCACAGCUUGUCAGGAGGAUGUGACAUCAACCAUGGGAGCGGAAAGCACAUUUGGUUCCUAAAAUGGAAAUUUCUAGAAGCAAAGACUGCUGCUUACUACUACCAUGGCCUGAUCCUUGACAAGGGCAGUGAGCCAUCAAGCCAUAUUAGCGCGGUGUGUUGUUUUCUUGCUGCUGAAGAAAUCUUGUCAGAGAGCAAGAAGGCUUGCUUGACCUUUUGCCUUGCACCUCCAGUUACUAGGGCUCCACCUCUAUGGGGUGCUAUGAAGCAUUUGCAGCAGAAGAUUCCAGAAGUUGCAUCAAGAAAGUCUCAGAUGUACGGCUACCUUUUAGAACAAGAAAAGGUUCUCCAACAAUUGCCAGAUUUACCAGAAUUCCAACUUUCAUUAGCACCCGAAGACUACCGAUUACCCAAGAUCGACUUGGCUUGGGAUAGCGAAAACUGGGAAACUCAAGAGCAGCCCCUGAAAGAGCAUCUCAAGGAUUCUGAAGAUGAGAGUGAAACCGAAGCAAAAUAACAUUGAUGGUUGAUGACAAGUUAUAUGGACCACGUUAUCUGAU